AUGGCCGCGGCUGACAGGGCCAUCCAGCGCUUCCUGCGGACCGGGGCGGCGGUCAGUGGCCCCGGACUUCGAAGCUCCCGAAUUCUAUCAGCGCCCCCUAAGCCUGUCGAGACCCCUCCGUCUUCUUAGGAUACCCGGAUCCUUCUGGGCUUCCCAGUCAUUGUCAGCCCCUGCACUGACCCGGGGCUCCUCAAUCCUGCCUCGGUUCUCACAAUCAUAUAUAAAGUCAUGAAGAACUGGGGUGUUAUAGGAGGAAUUGCCGCUGCUCUUGCAGCAGGAAUAUAUGUUAUUUGGGGUCCCAUUACAGAGAGAAAGAAGCGUAGAAAAGGGCUCGUGCCUGGCCUGGUGAACUUAGGGAACACCUGCUUCAUGAACUCCCUGCUGCAGGGCCUCUCGGCCUGCCCCGCGUUCAUCAAGUGGCUGGAAGACUUCACCACCCAGUACAGCAAGGACCAGAAGGAGCCCCCGCCACACCAGUACCUGUCCCUAACACUGCUGCACCUCCUCAAAGCUUUGUCCUGCCAGGAAGUCACUGAGGAUGAGGUCUUAGAUGCAAGCUGCUUGCUGGAUGUCUUAAGAAUGUACAGGUGGCAGAUCUCAUCCUUUGAAGAACAGGAUGCUCACGAGUUAUUCCACGUCAUCACCUCUUCACUGGAAGAUGAGCGAGACCGCCAGCCACGGGUCACACAUUUGUUUGAUGUCCACUCCCUGGAGCAAUCAGAAGGAAUUCCAAAACAAAUAACCUGCCGCACAAGAGGGUCCCCUCAGCCCACGUCCAGUCACUGGAAAUCCCAGCAUCCUUUUCACGGUAGACUCACUAGCAACAUGGUCUGCAAACACUGUGAGCACCAGAGUCCUGUUCGCUUUGACACCUUUGAUAGCCUUUCACUGAGCAUUCCAGCUGCCACCUGGGGCCAUCCGCUGACCCUGGACCACUGCCUUCACCACUUCAUCUCCUCCGAGUCCGUGCGCGAUGUUGUGUGCGACAACUGCACAAAGAUCGAAGCAAAAGGAACCUUGAAUGGGGAAAAGGUGGAACACCAGAGGACCACAUUUGUUAAACAGUUAAAACUAGGGAAGCUCCCCCAGUGCCUGUGCAUCCAUCUGCAGCGGCUCAGCUGGUCCAGCCACGGCACGCCCCUCAAGCGCCAUGAGCACGUGCAGUUCAAUGAGUUCCUGAUGAUGGACAUCUACAAGUACCGCCUCCUGGGCCACAAACCCAGUCUGCACAGCCCCAAACCCAAGGAGAACCCAGGGCCUGCGUUGGAACUGCAGGAUGGGCUGGCAGCCCCCAAGCCAGUUCUGAAUCAGCCAGGGGCUGCCAAAACCCAGAUUUUUAUGAAUGGCGCCUGUUCCCCGUCUUUAUUGCCAGCCCUGCCACCCCCAGUGCCCUUCCCUCUCCCGGUGGUUCCUGAUUACAGCUCCUCCACUUACCUCUUCCGGCUGAUGGCGGUCGUCGUCCACCAUGGAGACAUGCACUCUGGACACUUUGUCACCUACCGCCGGUCUCCACCUUCAGCCAAGAAUCCGCUUUCCACCAGCAACCAAUGGCUGUGGAUUUCCGACGACACUGUCCGCAAGGCCAGCCUGCAGGAGGUCCUGUCCUCCAGCGCCUACCUGCUGUUCUACGAGCGCGUCCUAUCCCGGAUGCAACAGCAGGGGCAGGAGUUCAGGUCUGAGGAGUGACGUCCCCAGCCCUGAGCCAGGGCCUAGGGCACGGUCCACACUGUGCAGGACAAAAGUAAAGGCGUGCCGUGUGUGGCCACGCGCACGCUCGUGUGUGUGUGUGUGCACCCGGCCCCUCUUAGACCUUCAGCUUUCUGUGUGUUGGAAGGGCAGUGCCACGUGGGAGCCAGCCCCGAGCAGCUCCACCCGGGCACACUGAGAGUGUCCCUGGGUUAGGACAGCGUGCCUGCCUGCGUGCGUGCGUACAGCGUGUCUUUUACUCAUCCGAUACAGGUAAAUGAAGAACCUGGAUUCUGGAAGCCACCUUUUCUAUAUUGUAACCUGCAGGUGUCCACAGAGAAAGAGUUGCCUCUGUGUCACCCCUGGCCGUCAGCAUAGAUCCCGUAUUUUUAAUAAGUAGACCCAUACAAAUUGUUGACAAGAAAUAGCAAAAUUAUUAAAGGCAACCAUUUAGAAGAAAAAGUGCCUUCCACUUUCGAUUGCUUCUGCAGCCUGUCCCUUGUGAGUAGACAUGUCCUCUAGGCACCCAUGUGCCUCAAGAGGUGUCUGGGGCACCCCGCCCCAGCCUCCCCCUCCCCCCAGCUUUUCCAUGCUGCAGCUGCAUUCAUAGCUGGGACUCAUCUGCAGAUUGGCCCCCGGAGCCAGCGGGGCAUUGUUCACUGUGUUGGCAGUUCAUUGGGAGAUGCUUAUGUGCUGGCUUUUUCCCCUUCAUACACUGGGCUGGGAGACUGGAUGGUAAUUUAUUAUAAAACUUAUGUUAGCCAGCCUCACGCAGUGUCUCAGCGUCUGUGUAACACCUACAACUACACGUGGCAAAAUUAAGCAGCAGUAGUUAAAUCUUCAGCCAUGGCCCUUGUGGAGCUCUGAGGCUCUAGAAAAGGAGCCGGGGCAGCUGGAGAGCUGAUUGAGAAGGAAGGGUGCUGUCAGGCCUCAGUCUCUCUCUGGACCUGUUUCCUCAUCUGUAAAGCAAAGGGUGUUUUAAAGGCCCAUAAAAUGUCAGUUGACCCCUAGUGCUGCCAUUUGGUUCUGGGUCCUUAUUCUAAAUGCAUCCCUCAGUUCCAGUGUCCUGACACAGAGAGAGUAUAUGGAGCUGCUUCUUCCCUUUUCAGACAAGCCUCAGGAAUGCAGCCCGGGGAAGAAGGAACGUUGAUACAGUAGUACCUACGUCUUAGACGGGUCAUUUUAUAAAGGUACCCGGUUCAGGCAGACUCUCCAGAGCUGUGGAACCAGGCCACCCGCAGGCCCCAAGGCCCCACUGAGCUGGCCGGCACUUCCACACGAGCCUUGGCAUAUCAGCUCAAAGCGCAGGCAGGCCAGGGCAUCCUGCAGGCCCAUGGGCAGCCUGAGGACUUGAUGGCACUCUGCCAUGACAGGUCACCGUGAAGGCUUACCGGGCCUGGACAUGUGUGAGAGCAGGUUGGACCGCCUGAUGUGUCCACAGCCGGCCCUGCACACCUGGGCUUUGAUGUGGGAGUGAACACACCUGUGUCACGUGACACUGAGUGGCCUCAGGUGGCCCUGCAAAGUGUAACUGAGCGUGAGGGCUAUCCCAUCCC